AUGGCGGCCAGCACAGCAGCGGUCACCAGGGAAGAUGUGAUCGCUGUGCAGAACGCAUGGGCGGGCGCGAUCAAAAGCAUUUCGAAGAUUUACAAGGAGAACGGCGACUACGUCCAGGCCGCUGCUACCGCAGCUGGUGAGCUCUACGCCUACGGCAAGUACGACGUGCUUUUCAAGCCGACCAAGGCUGCCCAGCACCAGUUCCGGCCCAAGGCCGAGGAGGCCAUGUCCUAUUUCGUCGGCUGCAAGGCUGUCGAUAAUGGGUACGCUGAGGACGGCGGUUUUGCGAUCAAUGGUGGCAAGGGCUGGUCGGAUUGCGUGUACGACAACCACCAAGUCGCAGUCAAAAGUAGUAUUGCCAUCGCCAUGGGCAACUAUUAUUUCACCUGCGCAACAACUGGAGAGAAGUCCAAAGUCGAGUACACCUUUGGCUACAAACGCUGCGAGGACGGUAAGGUUCGCAUCUUCCUGCACCAUUCGUCCGUGCCGUACGUGGCCGUGCAAGCGAAGGCCCCUGCUGCCGAACUCGAUGUGACGUUAGUCGGUGCGUAA